GACUGUGGUCAGCUCGGCUGGUGGCAAAGAGCUAGAUUGGAAGAAAGAGUGUAUUUUCCAUCCGUGGUCGGUGGUGAGGAUUCCGGCUUCUCCUCUGUGAGCUGCUCCUGCAGAAAGUGUCCUCCUCGCCCAGAUCUGACGUGUUCAGGAAAUCAGCUGAUCGCAGAGGUUGUGCUCAGAUCGGCAGCAUCUGCCGCCCAGUCCGGAGCCCAGAGCCCGGCUCUGUCCCAGCCCGUGGCUGCCCGGCGCACCGCCCCCUCCCUCAUGCCCACCCGCCCCCGACUCGGUGCCGCAUCAGAUGUCCGGAACGCCCUGGGCCGGCCAUGCUGCACAACGGGAACGACCCGGCCCCGCCGUCGCCCAACAAGUGGAGUAAGCCGUCGGGAGCCGGCGUUACGAGCCACCCGCAAGCCCGGCCCGAGAUCAAGAAGAACGCCAUCAUCGACGAUUACCGGGUGUCCACGCACGUCCUGGGACUAGGAGUCAACGGCAAAGUGUUGGAGUGUGUGCACAAGAAAACGGGAGAGAAGUGCGCCCUGAAGAUUCUCUAUGACAGCCCAAAGGCACGGCGUGAAGUGGACAUGCAUUGGAGAGCUUCCAGCACCCUGCACAUUGUCCGCAUAAUUAACAUCUACGAGAACAUGCACCAUGGAAAGCGCUGCCUCUUGAUUGUGAUGGAAUGCAUGGAAGGAGGUGAAUUGUUCAGCAGGAUACAGGAUCGAGGAGACCAGGCCUUUACUGAGAGGGAAGCCUCAGAAAUAAUGAGAGACAUAGGGAGUGCUAUUCAGUAUCUUCAUGCAAUGAACAUUGCUCACAGGGAUGUCAAGCCAGAAAACUUGUUGUACACAGCAAAAGAUUUCAAUGCAGUCCUCAAGCUUACAGAUUUUGGAUUUGCCAAAGAAACAACGCUUCACAACUCCCUAGCAACACCCUGCUACACACCGUACUAUGUUGCUCCAGAGGUCCUGGGCCCAGAAAAGUACGACAAGUCGUGUGACAUGUGGUCCUUGGGAGUCAUCAUGUACAUUCUGCUAUGUGGCUACCCUCCGUUCUACUCAAAUCAUGGCCUAGCCAUCUCACCUGGGAUGAAGAAAAGGAUCCGAAUGGGACAAUACGAGUUUCCAAAUCCGGAAUGGUCAGAUGUCUCUGAAGAAGCAAAGGAUUUGAUCCGGCAGGUGCUGAAGACGGACCCCACUGAGCGAAUGACCAUCACUGAGUUUAUGAACCAUUCUUGGAUUAACCAAUCAAUGGCGGUUCCACCAACUCCACUCCACACAAGCCGAGUGCUUCAAGAAGAGAAGGACAUGUGGGAGGAGGUGAAGGACGAGAUGACAAGUGCUCUCGCGACCAUGCGCGUCGACUACGAUCAGGUGACGAUUAAGGACUUGGAUAAAACCAGCAACCCGCUCCUCAACAAGAGGCGGAAGAAGCAGGUGUCGUCGGCACGCUCGGCCUCUGCGAUCUGCAGUAACCAGUGAAUGUGGACCCAGGCCUGAGGGACGUCCGCCUCCACCGCCAAACAUCCCACGGCAUUUCAAGCUCGCUGCAGCCGCGCUCCACAGACCAAAGGUGGAGAUUCUCAACGAUAAAGAGGAUGUUUAUCGUGGCGGCGCAGCCGGGGGCAGGAGCGAGCUUAUCUCUGAAAUAGCACGUACACCCUCUUGCCAUUUACCGCCACGGCACCUUCUAUUACAAACAGUAUUUUACCCGGUGUUUUAAUUUGGCUCAAUCUUUGCAUUGACCUUGGAAAAACCAGCAGGUGCUUUAAAAAUAAAAUACAAAAAGAGAA